ACCCCACCACGGCUCAGCCAGCCAGCCUCCACCACACCCGCCGCCUACCUCCCCCCUUCCCGCCGCCGUGGAAGGUGACCGGCGGCUGCCUCCCACCGCUUCCGCGAGGGUUCGGAGGCAGUAGGCGACGCUGCUGCCAUGCUCUCCAGGAUCUCCCAGCUCGGGGCGCGGCUCCUGCGCGAGACCAGAGCUGCAGGAACCUUGUCAACCAAUAGCAACAAUUACUACCGAGGUCAAGUCAGCCGGCAUUUAACCCCAGCGAAAAGCAUCCUCUUCUCCACUGCAACAACAAGUAGUCAUCAUGAUGAAGGCAGUGAGGACAAGGAGAAAAUCUCUGUAACAUUUGUCAACAAGGAUGGCACUGAGAAGACGAUAAGUGUUCCUGUCGGAAUGUCCAUGUUAGAAGCUGCUCACGAAAAUGACAUAGAACUUGAAGGAGCAUGUGAAGGGUCGCUCGCAUGUUCCACUUGUCAUGUCAUAGUUAUGGAUGUAAAGGACUACAACAAGCUGGAGGAUCCAACAGAUGAAGAAAACGAUAUGCUUGACCUUGCAUUUGGGCUCACGGAAACGUCUCGUCUUGGCUGCCAAGUAAUAGCGAAGCCCGAUCUUGACGGCGUCCGACUGGCGUUACCUGCAGCUACACGGAACUUUGCGGUAGAUGGCUUUGUGCCAAAACCGCACUAAAGAGAUGCCAUCAGUUUUGUACCUUAGCAUGUAACUUAACUACGGCAUCGUCUCUGAGAGCCCCUGUGCCUCCGGACAUGGAUCGUCGGUAUCUCAUUUGUGCAUCUGGCAGUGGGUGAAUACCGAAUAAACAGCUCAUGUUUGUGACACCCCUUGGGCAAUAUUAUUUGGAGGAGUGGAAAUAAAGCUUGCUUCAUAGA